AGCUCGCGACGGCAUCAUCAGCUCGCGACGUGUUUACCACGGAGGAGGAGGGCUCGUGUGUGUGCACGUUGAUGUUUUUUGCUGGUUUUAGCGCUGCAGACGCGUCUCGAUAUCCCGCGGAGGCUGUAGAUGAUGUCUGUGACCGAGAUGUUCAGCUACAUUCAGGGUUUCCUGAGCGCCGAUCAGGACAUCCGAGAGGAUAUCCGUAAGGUGGUCCAAGCACUGGAGCAGAUUGCGAGGGAAAUCCUAACUGUACUCCAAAGUGUCCACCAGCCGUCCGGCUUCAAAGAAAUUCCCAGUAAAUGUGCAAAGGCGCGAGAAUUGUUCUGCACAGUCAGGACACAUAUCGCAGACCUAAAGACUAAAUUUCCUGUGGAGCAGUAUUACAGGUUCCAUGAACACUGGCGGUUUGUCUUGCAGCGCUUGACGUUCUUAGCAGCUUUUGUUGUCUACCUGGAGACUGAAACUCUGGUGACCCGGGAGGAGGUGGCCCAGAUACUCAGCAUUGAGGUGGUGCGAGAGAAGGGCUUUCACCUGGAUGUGGAGGACUACCUGGCAGGCGUGCUGAUCAUGGCCAGUGAACUGUCACGGCUGGCGGUCAACAGUGUGACAGCAGGCGACUACAACCGUCCGUUACGCAUCUCCAACUUCAUCAACGAGCUGGACUCCGGCUUCCGCCUGCUCAACUUGAAGAACGACCCGCUGCGGAAACGCUACGACGGCCUCAAGUACGAUGUGAAGAAGAUCGAGGAGGUGGUGUACGACCUGUCCAUCCGCGGCCUGGCCAAGGAGCCCGAGUCUGGGGGAGACAAGUAGAGCCCCGGGGUGGUGAAUGGCUGUGGGGUGCGAUGGCUACCCCAGGCUGGGACCUCUCCACGGCUGCUGCAGACUGGAGACUUCACCCCCAGGUGGAGGGCAAGACCCAGGGAUCUGCCUGAGGUCCCAGCAGCCGAGGACAGACUGCGUGAGUGUGCUUGUGUGUGCGUGUGGGUGUGUGAGAGCGUGUGUUUGGGUGUGUGCACGAGUGCAUGCAUGAGACUUGCUUUAAGGUGGAUGACAGUCUGUCAGAGUGGUGGGAGAGACUUUGACAGAACCAACCUUGUUCUGAGGGGUAAGGCGGGAGGUUCGGUUUGAUGCCAGUUUUUGGAAGUGUUCGUCUGUGUUCAGCUGCAUCUCAUUCACCCGUUACCGUGUUUCAUUGCGUUGGUUUAUGCAACAGUUAAUUCCUUGUGGAACAGUCACCGAAUUACACUAGAUCGAUGUUUAUUUUGUUCAAGAAGGCGGAGGCCACCCAAAGAGAAGAGUGCUCCAGCCAAUCAGAGCCUAUGUUUGCUGUUAUUUGUGUUUUUAUUUGCAAAAAAAAAAAAAAAAAAAAAGAAUACGUGAAAUAUGUUUGUUGUUCACCAGAUAAUGUGUGUGUCAAUGCCUGGUGGUAUUUCUUAAGUUUAUGUAUAAUAUGUUGUCAAGUGUGGAUGCAUCCAAAUGGACUAAUAGUGAUUCCAGGAGCCUCAUUUGUUUAAAAUGAAACUAUUUACAAAGAUUAGAGGAUGACAUUUAGAAGCUUGUAGCAUCAUUGAGAUUUAUUUCAACAAAAAUGAACAAAGUAAGUUUAACUCCCAUACUGUAUAAAUAAACCACAGCUUUUGCUUGGAAUUUGACCAUCAGCACCAAACCUGCUCAUGUGAAGUUUUCAUAAAUGAGGCUUCAGGAGAAGCAGAGCCAAAGAAAGGGUAUAGAUGCACUUGACAAAAUAUAAAUCUAUUUUUUUGUGUGUUUAGUUAGAGUCUUUUUUGUCAUUUACACAGCGGCAAGGUACUCUUGCGGAACAGUGCCAAUGAAAGUGUCUGUUGAGCCAUUUUUGUAUUUUAUUUGUGCAGGAAUGCUUUCUCUGGAAAACCACAAGUGGGAUGGCAGAAAAAAAAAAAAAUGAGAGAAAGUUCUCCAACACUACUGUGUACUGCAUGUUCUAUGUUUACCAUCUUCAAUAAGAGACAAACCUUAUUUUUCACUCAAGGAAAUGCCUUGUCUUAAUGAUUUGUUUCUGUUGUCAGCUUCAAUGCUUCCCUUUGCUUGUAUACUGUAGUGGAGUUGAAUCGUAUUUUAUGGUGUACUUUUGCUCUCUUCCAAUUUGUGCUUUUUUUUUUUUUUAAGUAAUUAGUGCAUUUGUCAUUCCAGUCAUUACCAACAACUCCACCUGUUUUAUCGGAUGUACGGAGUGUAUUUCUGUCCUUGAUCCUGUUUUGGGGGGUUGUUCUAAAAUGCUUAAAAUUAAAUAUUUCUACUGUA